AUGUCAGACCGCUACCGUCCUUCGGGUCCUCGUGGUUCACAACGACCAGACCAAGACAGUCUGGCUCCACUGAGGUAUUACAAGAGUUCAUAUCUGUCUCAACGGGACAGCUAUACUCCGCAACGUGAUUUUUCGAAUCAGCCUGAUCAUCGCAGUUAUCAUUCUCGAGACAACUUUCGCCAGGGAGGGGGCAGCAGCUAUAGAAGUGGAUCAUACCGUGAGCCAUAUCAUCCAAGAGAGCUGUACGAAAGCUAUAAACGUCACCACCGUAGCGUGACGGACAGCGAGGAGGCCCCCCCACCGAAGCGACCACCGCCGCAGGGACCUGCUGCUCAAAAGCAAAUGCAACCUCCUCUGCGCCCACGAGUGAAUUCAUAUCGCAACACUCAAAAGCCUAGUGGCCCCAGAGGAAACGUUCAAGGUUCGAGCAAGCCUUCGGGCCUGCCACUUCAUCGUCGUCGCCCCCCACGCAAAUUGAUGCCACAUCAACUUUAUCUGGUACGGUAUAGAGCUACUGAUGCGUACAAACGCAUCAAGCUUGUUGGUGAAGGAACGUAUGGCAAGGUAUACAAAGCAGUCAAUGAAAUAACUCAGGAACCAGUUGCCUUGAAAAGAUUACGCCUUGAAAGUGAAAGGGAAGGCUUUCCAAUUACGGCUAUACGUGAGAUUAAACUUUUACAACUGUUUGACCAUGAGAACAUUGUGUCCUUAUACGAAAUCAUGGUUGAGCAUCAUCAAGUUUACAUGAUAUUUGACUAUACCGAGCAUGAUCUUUUGGGAUUACUUCGUAUUCCAAAUGUUGAGCUCUCCGAAGGGCAUCGAAAAUUUUUAUUCCAUCAGUUGAUGCUGGGACUUCUGUAUCUUCAUCUGAAGCAAGUGAUACACCGAGAUAUCAAGGGUCUGAAUAUCUUGGUUGACUCUAAGGGGAAGCUUAAAAUUGCCGACUUUGGAUUAGCUCGUACAAUGAAAGUUGUUCAAGAUGGUGAAUCUCCCGACUAUACUAAUAGAGUCAUUACGAUCUGGUAUCGGCCCCCCGAAUUGUUACUCGGAGCCACGAAUUAUGGGCGCGAAGUUGAUGUUUGGGGUGUUGGCUGUCUACUUCUUGAACUCUACGUCAAGCUGGCAGCAUUUCAAGGCAUUGAUGAAGUUCAACAAUUGUGCAAGAUAUACAACAUAAUGGGCACGCCCAACCCUGAAGAUUGGCCGGAAAUCACGCAACUCCCUUGGUUUGACAUGUUGACGCCACGUGUUGUCAAGCCGAGUCGCUUUUCAGAACUUUACGCACCAAAAAUGAGUGAAUUGGGGUUCGAUUUGGCUAGUCAAUUAUUGCAAAUGAACCCUCGCAAGCGUGUUACCGCCGAUGAAGCGUUAACCCACUCUUGGUUUACCCUGGAGCCACUACCAGAGCCGCUAGAUUUCUUGCAAGGUAUUGAUGGGGAAUGGCAUGAAUAUGAGCUGAAAAAGUUUCGUCGGAGAGAAAAGAAGCGCGCCGAAGAGGAGGCACGCCAAAAAUCGGUUAAUGCAGACCUCGCUCCGUUGACAGAGAAACUGGAACCUCCACUGGUAUCUUCGAUCGCUCCCAAACUGGGUGACGCUCAUGUGGAUCUUGAGCCUGACACGGUAACAAAAUUAUCAGCCGCCCCAUGA